GUUUGGACCCCAAGGCUUCCCGUAGCUCACACCCUGGGCGUCGCUGCACCGCUACUGCUUAGGAACCAAACACUUCAACACAAACAGAGCCGGAGGGGUCUCUCACAUCCAAAGGGAAAUUUAAUAUAAAGUCGUGAAAAGAAAAAAAUGCAUUCGGCCGCUCUGGACAGCAGUGGUUCCCCCAGGAAGCGGACGAUUUCUCGGGGAAUGAGCGAGGAUGAGUCUCUGCGCAGCGUAAUAAAGGAGACCGAGAGCUCCUCCAGACGUCUGCCCCGCAGCGACAGCAGGACAGGGAACCUGAGGAAGAGGACUGACAGCCAGCAAUCCGACCAGGACCUCUUCAUGGGACUACCAGAAAUGUUGGAGCUGCAGGCCAGCUAUGACGAGGCGGUGCAGGAGCUGCGUGGGCUGGAGGUGGAGCGAGAGGCUCUGUUGUUCCAGGUGGAUGUCCUGCAGGAUACUUUGGAGAGCGUAGAGGAGCUGCUGGCCGAAGCCCAGAGGGAAGCUGGGCAGGCAAAUUUGGUAAGCUGAAAUGUUUGAAUCCUAACUGUAUGAAAACAGGCCCAGCUCCCUAUUGUUACGCUGGUAUGUCUU